CUGGGUUAAUCACAGUUCGAUUUCUUCUAUCCUUUGAAUCACAUCCAGCAGGUAUCUUUUUAACAAAAUGGCAUUCAAGUUUGUGACCUUCCUUGCCCUGGUGGCCGUUGCUCGUGCCGGAGUCAUCGCUCCAGUUGGAUAUUCAGCCCCUCUGGGAUAUGCCGCUCCUUUGGCCACCCAAAGCCUUAUCGCUGCCCCACUCGCCAAGACCGUUAUUUCCAGCCCACAGUACUCCUUCUCGUACGGAGUUUCCGAUGGUCUGACCGGUGACCAGAAGUCCCAACAGGAAUCCCGCAGUGGAGAUGUCGUCCAGGGAUCUUACUCGCUGGUGGAUUCUGACGGUUUGAAGCGUACUGUUGACUACACUGCUGAUCCGAUCAACGGAUUCAAUGCUGCUGUUCGUCGUGAGCCUCUAACCGUUGCUGGUCCAGUUGUUGCUGCCAAGACCCUUGUUGCCCAACCUGCCUAUGCUGCCUACGCUGCUCCAGUUGCCAAGACCAUCAUCUCCCAGCCAGCCAUCGCCAGUUACGCCAGCCCUCUGGCCGCUAGGACCAUCGUUUCUCAGCCAUCUCUGACCUCCUAUGCUUCUCCUCUGGCCUCCAGGACCAUCCUUUCUCAGCCAGCCUAUGCCACUUCUCUGGCCACCAAGACCAUCGUCUCGCAACCAGCUAUCGCCUCCUAUUCCGCUCCUCUGGCCGCCAAGACUAUCAUCUCGCAACCAACUCUGACCUCCUAUGCUUCUCCUCUGGCCUCCAACAUUAUCUCGCAACCGGCUCUGACCUCCUAUGCUUCUCCACUGGCCUCCAAGACCAUCCUUUCUCAGCCAGCCUAUGCCUCUUCCCUGGCUACAAGGACCAUCAUCUCGCAGCCAGCUCUGACCUCCUAUGCCGGUCCACUUGCCGCCAAGACCAUCGUUUCACAACCUACCCUCGCUAGCUAUGCUGCUCCAGCUUACUACAACUGAAUGAUGAGACUGCUUUUGCUGUAAAUUGAAGGAUGAUCAAACAUGAACUGACUUAUUUAUUUGAAAUAUAUUGUUGAACAAUUGA